UUGAGUUUUGUUACGAUCGAGAUUUGGUGAUGGGAUCCAAUGGGAACGGUAGAGGUCAAUGGAAUGGACCGGGGAAUGGGGAGAAUGGUGGUGGUAAUAACGGCGGGAACGGAGGGAACUGGAAUCAAGGAGGGCAAAACGGGAACGGAGGAGGCGGAGGAGGUUGGAAUGGGAAUAGUAACGGAGGAGGGAAUGGCGGAAAUGGAUGGAACUUGAAUAAUAGAGGGAAUAGCUGGAACGGGGGUAACGGAGGCAAUAACUGGAAUGGUAAUGGAGGCAACGGAGGGAACGGAGGUUGGAACGGCAACGGUGGGAAUGGGUGGAACAAUAACGGAGGUAAUCAAGGGAGUAGCAGCAAGUAUUGGAGAAGAUCGGCGAAGUGCUAUAACUGCCAUCGGUAUGGACACAUCAGCCAGGAGUGUAACGCCCCGCGGCAGGGCAAUAACCAAGGCAAUCAAGGUAAUUCCUAUCAAGGGAAUCAUGGGAAUCAAGGCGGUGGGCGAGCCCCGCACGAUGGAGCAAGUACUUCGAGCAGCUCCAAUGAAGCUGCCGUUGCGGUUGGUUUGAGCAAGGAAUUGGAGGAGGGAAUUCGACAGAUGUGUAAGUAUACGACCAAGCAGCUGGAGUUGGAAGAGAAGAAGGAAGCCGAGAAGAAAGUUGCCGAGGAAAAGAAGAAACGUGAGGAUGAGGAGAAAGCAGCCAAGGAGGAGAAGAGUCGAGUGGAAUUCCAAAAGAAAAAGGCCAAAGAAGAAAAGGAGGCCGAUAGAGAAUGGAAGUUGGAGAUGUUACUGGCCAAACAGAAGGAGUCCUUAAAGGAGGAGUUCGAAAGAAUGUUUGAAGCAAGACUAAGGAGAAUGGUUGUGUCAGAACGUGCGGUCAAAGGUAAAGCCAAAGUGACCGAAUCGGAGUCGGAUGAAGAGCCGGAGGACCCGGAGGAGAGAUUGGAGAAACGGAAAAGACAGCCACAACAGGCGUGCCAAGUUAGCCCUCAAGGCGCGACUCCAACGAAGGUCGGAAGAGGAGCUACGAACGAUGGAAUAGGUUUCCCGCUGAGGGAAUCCAGCCUAUGGGAAGGAGCACCGGUGGCGGAUGACUUUAAUACCGUCAUUGCUUUCAAGAAGGAGAUCCGAAGAUUUUUGGGGAAGAAAUUGAAAGCGACGAUCGAGGCCAUGUGUCACGAAGCCGGAGUUGUUUAUCGGGGGAGACCAGAGGCUGUGGAUGAGCUGACCGAAUUGCGCGCUAUGUACUUUAGCGCAUCAGCUCCGCAAGAUAGUAGCCUUCCCAAAGUGGAGGGUCAUGUUCUCUGCAAGCUUAGUGACUUAAGGAAUUUGUGCGAUUUUGUCAGAAAUGCUCGUAAUAUCGUUUGCGAGAAUGGAACGAGAAGGGUUGGGAGAUUGAUGCAGGAAAUUAACGAUAGUUUUGUAAAAAUGGGAUUGAAUGCUGUUGUUGAUAUCCGCGAAGCUGGGAUUUGCGUGAACGAAGAUAAGAAACGACCGAGGAAGGACUAUUUCAGAGAACUGAACGAGGUUAAGGCAUUAACGAAGGAUCUGGUAUGUUCGGCAAUGGAUCGGAAUUCGGCAGAAACCGGGAUUAUGUGCCCGGUAGUUUAUGCAAAGGGUAUGAAGACGAUGUUCUGGAAGAACGAGAGUUUCGAAGCUGUUUGGGAAUCGGAGGCGGAGGUGCUUGAAGGAUGUAAGAAAGCUUAUAAGGAAGCUGGGUUGGAUCGGCUGGGGAGAUGGGAUAGUAAGGGCCGAUGUGGACGAGCUUAUAUAAUCCCGAAAUCCAAAGAUAUUUGUCGAUUCCGGCCUAUAAGCCCGUCGUAUCCUGAACCCUCGAAAACAGCGAGCAGUCGAACAGCGAGAGCUUUGAAUCAUUUGCUUUUCCUAUUGCCUAAAUCAAUGCAUUUCAAUUUGAAAGCGACCGGGUUAUUGAAGGAUAGGAUGAGGGAGGUUGACAAGUGGGUUGAGGGGAAGGGGAAGGGAAGACUGGAAGGAGCUGCCUAUGACAUCAAAGAGAUGUUUAGUCAGCUCCCUCAUGACUCGAUCAUUGCUGCUGUUGAAUGGAUACUGGAAUGGUAUCAGGCGAAAGGGAAAACUAUGGUAACGGUGAAGAGACGAGGAAAAGGAUCAUCCUUUGCACAAAAGGAUGGGUUGGAUACUUGGAUGAGAGUUGGGUUCGAUGAAAUCCGAGCAAUGGUGGAGGUUGAUCAAGCAACAGGUUGGCAUACCAAUGGGGAAGAGCAGCAGUCCCCCAUUGGCAUGCAUCUUGUGUGCUACGACUGAAUGUAUUUUUUUGAGAAGUUUGGGGAAGGAUCGGAACUUGGUCAGAGGUGUGAGAUUGAUGGAUGAUGUGAGUAUUUUCACUUGGUGUCCGGAGAGGAAUGGGGAACGACGGAAGAAGGAGAUCAUGAGUCGGUUUGACCGUGCGUACGAUGAACAAUGAACUCUGAAGAGAACG